CGGCGCGGGCAGCGGAGCGGCGGCGGCGGCGGCGGCGGCAGCGCUCGGCGCGGGGCAGAUGAGGAGCGCGGCGAAGGGGGCCGGACGGACAGGCCAUGCUGCCCCCUCCCCCGACCCCGCUCGGGCGGGCGGGCGGGGACGGCCGAGGGGAGGGCCCGCCGGGGGCCGACCUGCCGGCUCCUCCCCCCGCCGCCCUGCGCGCAUAAAGCCCCGCGCUCGCCCGCGCGCCCGCGGAGGCGGCGGCGUCCGGACCCCGCUCCCGCCGGGCUCCCGGGUCCCCGAGGGCGCGAGAGACCCCGAAUCCCGAGGCGGGCCGGGACCAGGGCGCGGCCGCACCCCCCACCCAGCCCAGCGCGGGGCCGGGCCGUGGGAACGCCCUCCCGGAAUGAAGCGCUUCCCGGUGCCUUCAAGAGUUCUAAGCCCAACCCCAUCGGAUUGGAAGAACCUAAGCCGCCUACCCACUGCGUUUGGAGUUACUUCUCUCAGUCCGCCUCAGUUUGAGAUUUACUCCCCAUGCAGGCAACCGCCUUCACUUCUCCUUUCUCCUCCCUACGCCUCCAUCCCCGGGUCUCUGAGAUCCCCUCCCGCACUUUCACCUAACGCUCCUGGGAGCCACCUCACCCUCCCCGAAAACUACUUCCCUCCAGCCAGGGAACUCUAACAUCCAUUCCAGAUCACCCGCGGAGCCAGGGGCCACCCUCCCUAACCCCACCUCACCACAUCCAUCUCCUCUCAAUUCCCUGGCUGAGACCAGCCAAGAAAGGGUCAAAGCUGGAGGCUAAGACAGCCACUCCCCCCACAUCCCCAUCCCUGCUGGGGAUCUCAGUGCCACACUAGCCCCUCCCUCCCAACUCACCUCCCAGUCCUGCCCCCUUCCCCACCUUAAAUCCACCCCGUAUAACCCAGUGACAACACUCGAUGGCAAGUGCUGCUCACCUUGACAUCCAUCGUUCAGUCCGCCACAUUUUAUUAAUGUGUGCAGCAGUUCUGGGCGGCAUAACCUUGACCUCUGAAAAGGUGCCCAUCCCCCUCCUCUCAGUACACCUUCCCUCCCGCCCACCCCAACCACCGCGCGUAUAAGAACGUGAGAGACUCAAGUUAAUGGUUUCCUUGGGGACCUUCUGGGAACACUCAGCAGGUAUAUCCUGCCACCCUGGGCGCAUAACACUAGAAACAAACUUGCUUUUUCCUGUUUUUUAUUGUCCUACUCACCCCACAGUUUCUCAGCAUCCCCUGGACUGGGGGGGGGGGGUGGGUAGGGAGCAGCUCACACAGGUUUUUCUCACCAUCUCAAUCCAAAUUGGACUAUCUGGUGUGUUCUGAGAGUGACACAGAUGAAGGUCAGCAGGUGGAAAAUCCGGUGUCAGGGAACUGGCUAUUCCUAGUCUAAACUUCGGUUCCUUGUGUGUAAAAUGGGGCCAAUGGGGAGGUGCAGGGCGAGGGAAGGAGCCCAAGUGAGAAUUGAUUUGUGUGCUGAUGCUGUUGGACAGGUGGCUUGGGGAGCGGGGUAGGAAAUAGGAAAGGGUCAUUUAUUUAGAGCCAGCCAAGCCUCCGUAAGUAGUACAUUGA